AUGGCGACAGAGACAUGCAGUCUCUUGUCCGUUGGACAAUCAGAAUACGGCGCAGCGGCUUCAAUGAUUUCAGCAUUAGAAGCAGUUGAUCCAGUUACACUCACAUGGCAUAAUAUUUCAAUUCACGCGGAAAAAUCAGGAAAACAAAUUCUGGAAAAUGUAUCUGGAAUCGCAAAACCUGGACAAUUAUUGGCGUUGAUGGGAGCCAGUGGCGCCGGAAAAACAACUCUACUCAACAUGCUGCUCUCACGUAAUUUGAGAGGCCUCGAAACAAGUGGAAGUGUCAAAGUGAACGGUCACGAACUUGGUCGUGGAAUAACUGCCAUCUCCGGAUAUGCUCAGCAAGAUGAACUUUUUGUCGGAACUCUCACGGUUAAAGAGUAUUUGGAUAUUCAGGCGAAACUUCGAGUUAAUGGAGAUUCUGAGAAACGGAGACGACGAGUCGGAAAUGUGAUGUCUCAAUUGGGACUUUAUAAAUGCCAAAAUACACGAAUUGGAACCAUCGGUGGACAAAAAGGAAUUUCUGGUGGCGAAAUGCGUCGUCUAACAUUUGCCUGCGAGCUACUCUCCAAUCCAUCAAUUCUAUUCUGUGACGAACCAACUACUGGUCUCGACUCCUUCAUGGCCGAAAGUGUAGUUCAAGUUCUUUCAAAUCUCGCAAAAUCAGGCAGAACUGUGAUCUGCACAAUUCAUCAACCAUCAUCACAACUUUAUCUGAUGUUCGACAGAGUAAUGUUCAUGGCUGGUGGAAAAACAGCGUUUUUGGGUUCUCCAAGAGAUGCUAUUCAGUUUUUCGAAGACGCAGGUUUCGCAUGCCCUCGUAACUUCAAUCCUGCUGAUUUGAUUAUUCAUACUCUUGCAGUAAUGCCGAAUGAAGAAGAUAAAUGUCGUCAGAGAAUUGAAGUGAUUUAUACCAAAUUUCAGAAUAGUUCCUACGGCCGCACCUUGAAGUUUGGAGUUGAGAAGUCGGAUGAAGGACAAAGACCAUCGGAACGUCAUAAAACUGGUAUUCUCACACAAAUCGGUGCUCUUCUCGAAAGAUCUGCAAUCGACACAUGGAGAAAUCCAUCUUUGACAAGAGCAAAAGUAAUUCAAAAGUCGAUAAUGGGACUUUUCAUUGGAUUACUGUACCUUCAGAGCCCACUUACCUCAAUCGGAAUUUCAAACUUGAACGGAGCUCUAUUUUAUCUCGUUUGUGAACUCACCUACUCUACAAUUUUCGGAAUUUUGAACUUUUUGCCAGCCGACUUUCCAUUAGUCUCCAGAGAAUAUCACGAUGGUCUUUAUUCUGUUUUCUCAUAUUAUGUGGCUCGAUGUCUCUCAUAUCUUCCACUAUUUACUGCCGAUGGACUUAUUAUGCUUCUUGUAUCAUAUUGGAUGGUCGGAUUCUCGAGUUCUAUUACACAGGUUCUAUACGCAUGCCUCAUCGCCUUCCUCAUUGAGCAAUCUUCUUCAGCUUGUGGAAUCAUGAUUUCUUGCAUUUCGCCGUCUUUACCGAUCGCAAUGUCAACUGCUGGCCCAAUGCUCACACUUCUAUCAUUGACUGGAGGUCUUUACGCUAAUGUUGGUGCACUACCAUCAUACAUCUCGUGGAUACAGUAUCUCUCGUGGUUCAGAUAUGGAUUUGAGGCUUUUGCAAUCAAUCAGUGGAGCAGUGUCAAUGAACAGAAUACAACUAUUUGGACUGAUGAGAAACGUGAUUCCGUACUCUCCCAAUUGUCAUUCCGCGCUGAAAUGUUUUAUCCGGAUCUCUUCAUCAUGUCUGCAUUCAUUUUGAUCUUCUACACUAUUGGUUACGCUGGAUUAGCUUUGCGAGUCAGCAAAGCUCGAUAGAAACAAUUUCUGAUGUAAAUUUUAUACUCGUUACAAAUUUGUUGAAUGUUUGAAUGAUGAUGAUAAUUUUAUUACUAAAAAAAGACUCAAAUAAAUACAUUGUAAAUG